AUUUUAGGGGAAGGUCACCACAAAACUUCCGGAUCCGGUAAGACAGUCACCUUGACCGUGGUUGAAGGAUGGCUGCUCUACUGAAUGUUUCGGCAAAACUUGCCCCAAAAGCUGCUCUCAGGAAUUUGUUAGGUAAUCUUGUAAAACCGCUGGCCACAACCACUCGUCAGUUCCAGUUCCAAGUACAUGGACGAAAUGCAGAUGCCAAAGUUUCUACUUCGGGAAAGAUUUCCCGUGACUACCCCGUCAUUGAUCACACCUAUGAUGCGGUGGUGGUAGGGGCGGGUGGUGCUGGUCUCAGAGCAGCGUUUGGAUUGGCCAAUGAGGGGUUCAAGACGGCGUGCAUCACGAAGCUGUUCCCAACUCGAUCUCACACAGUGGCAGCACAGGGCGGUAUCAAUGCUGCUCUGGGUAACAUGGAACCGGAUGACUGGCACUGGCAUUUCUACGACACGGUGAAGGGCUCCGAUUGGCUGGGCGACCAGGACGCCAUACAGUACAUGUGUGAGGAGGCGCCCAAAGCCGUCAUUGAGCUGGAAAACUAUGGAAUGCCAUUCAGCCGUCUGGAAAAUGGCCACAUUUAUCAGAGAGCAUUUGGAGGUCAAAGUUUAAAUUUUGGAAAAGGAGGACAAGCUCACAGAUGUUGUGCAGUGGCAGACAGAACAGGCCAUUCUCUUCUCCAUACCUUAUAUGGGCGGUCAUUGAAAUACGACACACACUACUUCAUAGAAUACUUCGCCCUCGAUUUGAUCAUGGAAGGAGGAGAGUGCCGUGGAGUUAUUGCCCUUUGUUUGGAAGACGGCUCCAUUCACAGGUUUCACUCGAAGAAUACAGUUAUUGCAACAGGUGGCUGGGGCCGGACUUACUUCUCAUGUACAUCUGCUCACACAUGCACCGGUGACGGGACGGCGAUGGUAACGCGGGCCGGACUUCCUAACCAGGAUAUGGAGUUCGUACAGUUCCACCCGACAGGAAUCUAUGGUGCUGGCUGUCUCAUCACGGAAGGAUCUCGGGGGGAGGGUGGUUUCCUCGUCAACUCGGAGGGUGAGAGGUUCAUGGAACGAUACGCACCAAAUGCCAAAGAUCUGGCCUCGCGUGACGUGGUGUCAAGGUCGAUCACAAUCGAGAUCCGAGAAGGAAGAGGUGUGGGGAAAGACAAGGAUCACAUUUACCUCCAGCUGCAUCACCUGCCUGCCGAAUUGCUUCACUCCAAACUGCCAGGCAUCUCUGAGACGGCCAUGAUCUUCUCAGGGGUCGACGUCACCAAGGAGCCGAUUCCCGUCCUUCCCACAGUACACUACAACAUGGGCGGAGUCCCAACCAACUUCAAGGGCCAGGUGAUAGACUACACAGUUGAGGGUGGUGACAAGAUCAUACCUGGUCUGUAUGCGUGUGGUGAGGCCGCAUCUGCGUCUGUCCAUGGAGCAAAUCGACUCGGGGCCAACUCGCUUCUCGACAUCGUGGUGUUCGGUCGAGCAUGUGCCAACACUAUUGCCGCAGAAAACAAACCCGGCGAUUCUAUCGGGAAAAUUAAGCCGAACGCAGGUGAAGAAUCUGUGGCGAACCUCGACAAACUGAGAUACGCCAAGGGCAACAUCUCGACGGCAGAUCUCAGACUGAAGAUGCAGAAGACCAUGCAGCAGUAUGCUGCUGUGUUCCGUACAGGGGAUGUUCUCAAGGAGGGCUGCCUGAAGAUGGCUGAGGUGUACAAGCAGAUGGAUGACCUCAAGGUGACGGACCGCGGCCUGGUGUGGAACUCUGACCUGGUGGAGACACUGGAGUUACAGAACCUGAUGCUGAAUGCCAUGCAGAUCAUCGUCCCAGCCGAGGCUAGGAAGGAGAGUCGUGGGGCACACGCUCGGGAAGACUUUAAAACGCGUAUUGACGAGUACGACUACAGUAAACCAAUUGAAGGUCAGACGAAGAAGCCGUUUGCAGAACACUGGAGGAAACACUCGUUAGCAUAUGUUAAUCCAGACACAGGAAAGGUGGAUCUUAAAUAUAGACGUGUGAUUGACGACACGCUAGACAAGAAAGACUGCCCCACUGUGAUUCCAGCCAUUAGAUCGUACUAAACUUGUAGACGCUGACAGUGAUCCCAGCCGACAUGACUUUGUUUACACAGUGAAUGUUUGUAUUUUGGUGGCAGUGCUAGACGACUGUUUUAAAAACAUGUUUGACUUGUAUAAACUACUGCUUUGAAAAACGCAGUCCACAUCCAUAGUGCUGAACGUUUCAUCAAUAUUUCUUGCAAUUUCAUCAUGGUUAUACAACAACACAAAAGCUUAAAGAAUACUUGUUACAGUAUUGACUCGGACAAAUUUCUUUACACAAAGUGGAUAAUUUGUUUUUUAUUCAUUAUGAAAUGAAUACUGACAUUGUGUGUUGGCUUAUUGAAAACAUUAUUCACAGAUGAUUUAAAAAACCCCAAAAUACUGUGAAUCUUGCUUUUGUGAAUAUUGCUGAAGCAUUGAAGAAGAUAUCGUUUUUGCUUUACAGACUUGUUUGUUAAUAUAAUUAUAACACUAAUGUAUUGUUGAGGUCAAGUAAUUUUGUGUACAAUUGGUCAGUUAGGAUAAAAUAAUCCUUAUUUGAUUGACCCAUUGGAUUCAAUUAUCCCUAUUUCGCUCACUGGGUUUAAAUAAUCCCUGUAUGAUUACUUUAGAUCUAAUCUAUCAUUAAUUCAAUUUAUAAAUCCUAUCUGAUCCGAUGGUUGUGUCCCUAUUGGAUGACGCAUCUUAAUGAAUAAUCUUAAGUAUUAAGAUAUUCAUGUUUAUAACGGAUUCAUUUUAUAAGAUAUCCACUGGGAACAAUGUUACCUGUUGUUGGUAAUAAAUAUUUUUAAACACUU